AUGCCAUCACGGGAAGAAUCACAGCCCCCAAUGGCUCGACUGCCCCUCGCUACACCAGGAAUUUACCGCUGGUUUUUGGCCCGACACUCAACAGACCAGUCUCUCUGUACUGGUUCAGCUGUGAGCAACAUUGCGGCCCCAGGCAAUGAUCCUGGAAGAAGAAGAGCUUUAUUGCCUCCCAGUGACAACAUUACAGAUACAAGGUCUCAGACGGGGCAAGUGGUGGAAAGUCGAAACCUAGUUCUUGACGGUCACCAGUGUCCUAUGCAUAGAAAGGUUCCUGCAGAGCACGAUGACACAGGUACAGCUGUGUGCAACGCUGCUACCCCAGUCAACGUACCUGGAAGAAGACACGCGGUAUUGCCUAUGAAUGGCAACACUUCAGAUACAAGGUCUCAAAUGGGGCAAGUGGUGGACGAUGGUCAGAACCUAGUUCUUGAAGGUCACCAGUUUCCUAUGCAUAGAAAUGUGCCAACAGAGCACGAUGACCUAGGGGACCUGGAACUCGUCGUAGAUGAACCAGCAUGUUAAACCAGGCUUAGCUGACAGAGUUUUGAUGGAUUGAAUUGGUUAUAAAUUUAUAUAUUAGAAGUGGGUAUAGAAAUUUUGUUUAGAUUUGUGAAGUUAAAAAAAAGCGUAUUUAUCCGUACUACAUUAAUUUAUAAUUAAAUUAAUUAUUUAAAAAUAUUUAAAAAUACUUAAAUUAAGCAUUACAUAUUGAAUUAUUAAAACCUAGGUGUAAGUUAUUUCAGUCCAAACUAUAAGAAGUUAAGUACUCGUUCUUAUCCGUACCAAAGUUAUCUAUUAAGUUAUAGAAAGUUGUCAUUUAUAUAUAAGUGGAGCAAAGGUAUUAAGAGGCAUUUUAGAGUAACAAAAUUGAUACAAAUUAUACGUAUGUUAUUCACCACAAGGAGUUCCUUGUUGGGAAAAACUGUGCCCGAGGUCUUUCCCAUAAUAUUUUUUUAACAUUUAACCCUUUUCCAGCCGGAAAAAAAC